CCUGUUUGCCUAGCAACCGCCGCUCGAGCUGAGACGGACCCGAGAAAUGGCCAAAGCGACCACCAUCAAAGAGGCUUUAGCCAAAUGGGAAGAAAGGUCAGGUGAGAAGGCAGCUGAAGCUGUGGAGGUGAAGUUAUAUGGCCAGAUACCGCCGAUUGAAAAGAUGGAUGCGUCCCUCUCUACGCUGAGUAAUUGCGAGAAAUUGUCUCUUUCGACAAACUGCAUCGAAAAGAUAGCAAACUUGAAUGGACUAAAGAAAUUAACAAUUCUGUCACUGGGAAGGAACAAUAUAAAGAAUUUAAAUGGCCUGGAAGCAGUGGGGGAAACACUGGAAGAGUUGUGGAUUUCAUAUAACUUGAUUGAGAAGCUCAAAGGAAUUCAUGCAAUGAGGAAGCUGCAAGUUCUGUACAUGUCGAACAAUCUGGUAAAGGAUUGGGCUGAAUUUGGAAAAUUGGCUGAUCUUCCCAAUCUGGUCGACCUAGUCUUCGUAGGAAACCCUAUUGAAGAGAAGUGCUCAGCUGAGGGCACCUGGGUGGAUGAAGCAACAAAGAGGCUCACUAGGCUGAAGAAGCUGGAUGGGGUGCCUGUCAUUAAACAAGUGGAAGAAGAGGCUGAAGACUAAUGCCCACAUCAUAAUGACUGAUGUGGGAAAGACCUCCCAAUGUUCUCCAUCACCAUUGCACUUUCUCCAUCCUUCAUCGUGGCUGGACAAACACCCAGGCUGCUCACUAGCUGUAGUAUUCGCAAACAUUCCUAGCAUGUUUUUUUGUGUUAAAUUAUGACUUGUGUUGUUUGUUGAAGCAGUGAAUUCACCUGAAUCUAGUGACCAGCUCCUAAUGAUUUGAGUUUCUAAUGGCAAAAGAAUUACUUCAGCGAGAGGACGUAAUUAUUUUUAAAAAUAGUUUUGCAGUGUGUUAGUUUAUUACUACUUUUUGACUAUAGGGAUGAACAUUUGCUUGUAUUUGGAUUUUGAUCUUUAAUUUAGCUUUAAUUUAUUUGUAAUUAUAAAUUAAGUGUAGAAUGUUGUUAUAAUGCAGUUAAGUAGCUUGGAAGUGUAAUAUUACUCUUGCACUAGGACCUUCCCCUGUUCUUGCUUCUCGUACAAAACCUCUGCAUCUCCUGUUAAGACCAGUCCAGCUUUUUAAGUAAUUGCCUUGUUUUUGUAAAAUGCUUUUUAUCUGUUUUAUACAGAAUUAUUUAUCAGAACUUGUUGUAAAAA